GACACGAUCUCUAGCGCCAGUACUCCUUUCAACUCCAAACUUAAGUAACAACAUCUAGUUUCACCUCAAAGCUAACUCUCAACAACUUCCAUGGAUUCUUCUUCAGAUCUGCGAGCAGCAAACGUCGCCAUGGGAGUUCAGAGAAUGGAAGGAAAUCCACUUGACCUUAAUAACUUACCUGCAGAAGACUACUCUAUAGAUGGUAAACAACAACACCUUGACGGCGGGUAUAGGAAAAAGAAAAACGGCGGCGGCGGCGUGGAUGAGUGCGGGAAGGUGUAUGAGUGCAGGUUUUGCUCCCUCAAGUUCUGCAAAUCUCAAGCUCUUGGGGGACAUAUGAACCGCCACCGCCAAGAGAGGGAAACAGAAACGCUAAACCGAGCUCGGCAGCUUGUUUUCAGUAGUGACACGAACAUAUUAGCUCAAGGGCCUCAUCACAUUAUGGGGUACCAAACAAGCAACAUGGGCAUGUACCCGACAAGGACGAUGUUUCCCGGAACCUCCACCGCCGCUGCAGCCAUACCACCGCCGCCUCCUCCUCCCGGACAGCGGCCGCCUCAACCAUACACGUACGCUUCCCAUCCACAGUAUCCGGUGAACGACUACUUCGUUGGCCACGUCCUCUCCACCACUCAAUCCAACCCUAAUAACUACGCCGCCGCCGUGCCUAACCUAGAAAACAGCUACACCUGCAUCGGGGCUCCGGUGAAGCACGGGGCGUUACCCGGCGGCGGGAUAGGCAGCUUGGGAGCUGUCCCCACCAGCGGCGGCGGCGGUAGAGACAUGCAGCCGCUCUACACUAAUGCUCCGCCGAUCAGUCGGUUUCAAGACGGGUUCUAGCUUAGUCUACGUGGCGUAGGUCUUUUUAGCUUUUCUAGCUGGCUUAUUAGUGAGUUUUAGUUUGUUUUUUUUUUGUUUUUGUUUCUAAAUGGAAAAUGAAAAAAGGAAGAAAAUGUGACCUGAAACACUUAUCUGAUCAGAAAAAAGAGAAUCCCAGAAACCGAAAAAGUUGAUUAAACUUAUUUAGGGAUUGGAUUGGAAUCUGUGUGUUUUGUAAUGUUUUUGUACAACAAAAGAACUGUUAGUCACUGUUGUUGUUUUAUGUCUGGGAUAACGUAACAAAGUACGGAGUAGUAAUUGGAUUUCAACUGAAUGUCACACCAGACAUUCCUUUUCUUUUCUUUCUACUUGCAUUUACUUUU